UUAAGUGUAUAAUCUAUGGAGGAGACAUCAUGGAGACGUCGCUUCUGUAGGUUGACUUUAUUUCAAAUUUAAAAACCGGAACGUACAUUUUUGAGCCAAUAGUAAAUAAAAUGACCGCUGAAAACGAAAGAGAGAUAUAUCACAAGCUGGAGGCGAUGAAGGAAAUAAGGAACAAAACUAUAACCCUGGAGAGACUAAAGCGCAGCAUCAUGACGGAGGUGCGCAGCGGUGAUCAAGAGGGGCGUUGUCUAGCUCAGUACAAACGCGAGAUGGAGCUGCUGCAGCAGGAGAAGAUGAGCCAUGUGGAGGAACUUCGACAGAUACAUGCCGAUAUUAAUGCAAUGGAAACAGUAAUAAAGCAGACAGAAGAGAGCAUGACCCGCAAGUUGUCGAGCGCGUCCCGUCUACACGAGGAGUAUCGACCGUUGAAGGCUGAGGUGGACCUGCUGCGGAGACAGUACCUGGGCCUGGAGCGACUCCCCGACCUGCACGAGGAGGACGGCAGCCCCAUCACGCCGGACCGGUUCCCGCGCGCCGUGCCGCCGCCCCCGCCGCGCGGCUGCUUCCCCCCGCUGGCGAGCCGCAAGCCGCCCCCGCCCCCCGCCGCCUUCAGGUCUGCUCUAGAACAAGAUUUCAUUACCGUCUCGCUGAGUACCUACUGCGCACGAAGCUGUAAAUAGUAGUUGUCAACACCCUAUACCCGAUGACCGCAGCUCCGUGAGCGGCUGGUCCGAGCUCGCGACUCUGUUGUCAUAUUUAACCUACUUCAAACAAGGAUGGAGUUCUCGGUUGGCAGGCAGGCGUCCAGGCAGCGUGCAUUGUACCUUAUUACAAAAAUUAAAUAAAUAUAUCCCGACUGACCCCGUCUCCUAUCUACCUGAUCCCACAUUCUACUAUAAUUUACUAUUAAUUUUCUUUAUCAAUGUUAUAUAUAAUUUCUUUGAUUUUUGCUUAUAUUUUUGGACGCACACCCGCACACACACACACCAAGCACAAGUGUAGCUAAUAUUAAAAAAUAAAUUAAUUAACAAGUAAUUGUUAUGGAUCGUUCGCGGACGUCAUUCGCACGAGAGCGGCCGCCGCGGGCCCGGACUUGGUACAUCGGAGCGUCACAUAUAUGGACAUUGUGUCCUCCCCGACGCGGCGGCAACACAACCUCUCACUUCAUUACAUUUAGAAAAAAAAAGUAACAACUCAGCCUCGCGACCCAAACUUUUAUAAAGAAUCUGGUUGUGUCGACCGGUUUACUGAAGCAACCGGGCCUCGCCGCCAAGCCGCAGGAGCGCGUGAACACAGUCCAACAAAGCUGUGGGUUACUGUAGUGUGAGAUGAAUCAAAAUCAGCGUUAGAAGUUUACUCAAACCAUAAUAUAUUACACUUAUUCAUUACUAGCGGCCCGCUCCGGCUCCGCUCGGGUCUUUAACAAAAAUUUCAACAAUAUUUGACGGUGUUGUAUUUUUAAAAAUAAAAGAACACUUAUUGCGGCAUAACUAUAAUAGUUAGACAUAUGCUGUCGCGACACUUUUUGUAAAUAAUAAUGUGUUCUACAAAGUCGUAGUACAUUAUUUUAUUCUAUCAUCAGUAGUUUUCGCAGGGCACGCGAUAUAAAGAAUAUAUUUUUAGGUAAUUUUUUUACACUUUGGGUUACAUUAUUGGAGUUUUAGUAACGAUCCCAAUUUUUUUUCAACAAAGAUUAUAGCCUAUGUCACUCGGGAAUAGUGUAAGCCUAUGUCACUCGGGAAUAGUGUAGUUUCCAAACAGUGAAAGAAUUUUUCAAAUCGGUUCAGUAGUUUCGGAGCCCAUUCAAUACAAACAAACAAUUUUUUUUUUUUUUUUUUUUUUUUUUUUUAUUGCUUAGAUGUGUGGACGAGCUCACAGCCCACCUGGUGUUAAGUGGUUACUGGAGCCCAUAGACAUCUACAACGUAAAUGCGCCACACACCUUGAGAUAUAGUUCUAAGGUCUCAGUAUUAGUCACAACGGCUGCCCCACCCUUCAAACCGAAACGCAUUACUGCUUCACGGCAGAAAUAGGCGGGGCGGUGGUACCUACCCGUGCGGACUCACAAGAGGUCCUACCACCAGUAAUUACGCAAAUUAUAAUUUUGCGGGUUUGAUUUUUAUUGCACGAUGUUAUUCCUUCACCGUGGAAGUCAAUCGUGAACAUUUGUUGAGUACGUAUUUCAUUAGAAAAAUUGGUACCCGCCUGCGAGAUUCGAACACCGGUGCAUCGCUCGAUACGAAUGCACCGGACGUCUUAUCCUUUAGGCCACGACGACUUACAAACAAAUCUUUCCUCUUUAUAAUAUUAGUACAGAUUACAAUACUAAUGAAAUGCCUAAACCCUUCUCAAUAUUAUAAUACAUUCUAUUACGUUACAUGAAAUAUAGUGUAUAGCCGUUGCGUAGCAGUGCCGGUUUCUUCGGCGGUGACUAAGGACCGGGAGGGUAUUGUUGACUUGCAGACAGCAGCCGCCGCCGAUGAAGUCGUGUCUGUCGUGCCACCAGCAGAUACACCGGAACGCGCCGAUCUGUCCGCUCUGCAAGGCCAAGAGUCGCUCCAGGAAUCCCAAGAAACCCAAGAAGAAAUAGUUCUCGAGCACACUGCGGAUCGCCGCGGGGACACUGCGGGGACCAGAGGGACCUCGCGGCGCCGCGGGUACACUGCGGGGACAGGGGGGACCUCGCGGCGCCGCGUUGCAUACGAACAUAAUUUUUACUAGUGGUAGGACCUCUUGUGAGUCCGCGCGGGUAGGUACCACCACCCUGCCUAUUUCUGCCGUGAAGCAGUAAUGCGUUUCAGUUUGAAAGGUCGGCAAGCCGUUGUAACUAUACUGAGACCUUAUAACUUAUAUCUCAAGGUGGGUGGUGCAUUUACGUUGUAGAUGUCCAUGGGCUCAAGUAACCACCUAACACCAGGUGGGCUGUGAGCUCCUCUACCCAUCUGAGCAAUAAAAAAAAACAUAAGUUUUCUUAUGUUCUUAAUUAUGUAUUUCGAACGCGUGCCCGUGGACAGCGCCGGCCGCGCCCCCUCCCCCCCAACCCACCGAGCGAUACUGGAGGCAGCCGUUGCACUUGUUUUGUUAACGAAGGCUCCGAACUAAACGAAUAUGACAAACGUGACUUUGAUGGUAGGCACAAACAUAGUUCGGUCUAGUGGGACUGGUGGUAGCGGUAGCAGCUGUAGUAGUAGUAGUAGUAGGCCGGAGGGUGAAAAGCUACUGCCGAUCCUCCUGUUCCUGGAUAACACGUUUGAUGCCGGUGAAGUCGCGGGGCGCGGUAUUUCAUGUUUUGGGAAGACAUUCCCUAAACUUCGUUUUUUUCUUGAUCACUUCUAUUAUGUAUUUAAUUUGAGUUGUAAAUUGAACGCGUGUAAAUGUAUGUAAAUAUAGUGUUUUUAUAAAGUUGAUAUAGGGAAUAUACCGUGUAUGUUGUAUGUAGUCAGCUCACUCGAGGCAAAUUUGUUUAGUGCCAAUAUUAGUGUAAAUACGUUUGUGUAAAAUAUGUAUGGAUUUUUCUUAAUAAAAUAUUCUUAGUGUUUAA